AUGGGGUCGCAUCUCAAAUAUCUUGCACGGCCGCAAUUUGCGUGCCUUCAGCCAACAUGUAUGGACCAUCCAAAGAAUUCUGCCGCUAAACUGAUGCAUCUUCCAGCACUAGGUCUGCGAACAUCUGUACCCUUCCUUCCGCUGUCACGAUGCUUCUCUACGACUUCGCCGGCUCUCGACUGGCUUACUCCCAAGAUGGCGGAAACCUCAAAGUCGCCCAAGGGUCGUCCACAUGUCCCGACCGGAGGAUCAUCACGAGGCACAACAGUAGUGUGGGGAGAUUAUGGACUACGGAUGAAAGACCACGACCGCCGGUUGCCGGCUGCUUCCCUCAAGAUUGCAGAAGAAACCAUCAAGAGACGUUUGCGAGGAAUGAAUUACACUCUGUACAAGCGCGUGAGUGCCAACAUUGGUGUCUACACCAAGGGUAAUGAGCAGCGUAUGGGUAAAGGAAAGGGUAAAUUCGACUACUGGACUGCGAAGGUUGCUGUCAGCAGGAUUGUCUUCGAGCUCAAGGGCGAUAUUCACGAGAAAGUUGCAAGGGAAGCGUUCCGUCUUGCAGGUCACAAGCUACCCGGUCUCUGGGAAUUUGUGAAUAAAGGUGAUCCACCAGUUGUUGGCCUUACGAAGCUCGGCAAUGGUGUCACAUUGGAGAGCUUGAAGCGAGCUCGAAGAAACCCACCUCUAGGAACGGACAAAUUGUCUAAACCCCCGAAGUCCACGUCCUCAAGCCCAUCGGCAUCGCAAUAG